CAGCACACCACACACACCGGCGAUGGCGACAGGGAACAUAAGCCACGGCCGUAUCCUAAGCAUUCAGUCCCACGUUGCAUAUGGAUAUGUUGGUGGGAAGGCGGCGGUGUUUCCGUUGCAGUGCCUCGGCUACGAUGUUGACGUCAUCAACACUGUCAACUUCUCCAACCACUCCGGAUAUGGCCGCUUCGGAGGGUCAAGAGCUUCCGCACAGGAGCUCUCGCAGAUUUUCGACAUCAUGGAUCAGAACGGGUUACUCUACCCUGAGAGGUUGUUGACAGGCUAUGUGCCAGGGGCAGAGGCGACGGAAGCAGUCACCGCUCUUGCUCAGAGACUGCGACAUCGGAGCCCAAAACUCAUCUACCUACUGGAUCCCGUCUUAGGAGACUCCGGACGACUAUAUGUCUCCCCAGAUGUCGUCCCAAUAUACAAGAACGCUCUUCAUCUCGCUACCAUCAUCACUCCCAACUGGUUCGAAGUCGAAGUCCUGACAGAUACUAAGAUCACCGACGCUGUCUCCCUCCGUCAAGCCACUCAAGUCCUCCACCAGACAUACCACGUUCCCCACGUCGUGAUAAGCUCGAUACCACUGAAGUCUUGGCUCCUUGACCUCCUCCCCGCGCACCUCCACCCCGCCUCCGCCUCCGCCUCUACCUCAGAGUACCUGGCCUGCAUCGCCUCCUCCCGACAAGGAUCCAGCUCCACCGUCUACGCGACGUGCUUCCCUUGCCUCCCCGGCUACUUCUCGGGAGUCGGCGACCUUUUCUCCGCGCUCGUCCUCGCACAUUUCACCGAUGAGCCCACGACAGAGGGAGAGACGUCACUGUCGCGCGCGGUAUCGCAGGCGGUGAGCAAGACGCACGCCAUGCUUGUGCUCACGCAUGAGGCGGCGGCUGCGCUGCCAGAGGACGAGCGGACCGUAACGGAUGAGGAGCUUGAUGUGCGGGAGCCGAUACGGAAGAUCAGACGCAUGCGUGGGCGUGAGUUGCGGCUGAUCCAGGGGCAGGAUAUCAUCCGGGGGACGCAACCUAUAGAGUUUAGAAGAUUGCAAGCUUGGGAUACGUUUUGGGAUGCGUGAAAUCCGUUAGACGUAAAUCAGGGUUGGAAGGAAGCCUUGUAGGAGGCACGCUGUGUACUUUUUCCUCUCGUUUCUCGGCGAGUCACGAAAAUCGUGUCCUCCUUGGGCCCCCCUAUCUGGUGACGGGAUGCACCCUCGAACGCAGGAUUACUUCAUUCUCCCAUCAUAAUAUUAGCCCUAUCCACUCUCUGAUACCUUGUUCUCUGGGAGUCCGCCGUUCGACCUCUUAUUUCUACAGUAUGGCAAAAAAGUCAAGACAUGUUAGAUUGCGUA